UCCUUUUUAGUUUUUCGCCUUUGAUUCAUCUGUAAUUCCCAUGUCUGUUCUUGUUUCAAUUUCAACUUGUUAGGGUUCUGUUUGCAUUGUGUUCAUUGCCUUCAAUUUCAUUCAAGAAUGCGUUUCUUCCCUUCUUUAUUUUUCUGGUCAUUCUUUAAAGGAAUUGUUUGAAAUGCCUAUAUCGGUGUUGGGAAAUUCUGUUUGGUGGGUUUGAUCAAAGAAUUGGUUGAUUCUAGCGUUGCUUUUGUUCAAUGAAAAAUUGGGAUAUUGUGGAAUAAUGUCUAGCAUUUUGAUAGCUGUUCAUUCUUUUGGUACAUUUAAUGAUGGGAUUGUUGUUGACUCUGUGGUUUGCGUCCAUUGAUCAUCCUCUGUAAACCAUUUCUUUUUGUAUUUUGUGGAAGGGAUUUUCGAUGGAUGGUUAUUGUCCUUCGCAUUGUCCCCGCAUUUUCUUUGUGUUAUUUAAUUUUUAUUUUGGAGAAGGUUUUUGCGAAUUUGUAUGAGUCUGUUGAUGUAAAGUUCAGUAAUAUUCCAUGGACGAUUAGAUUGGCUACCUUUUAGGUGAAUCUAUCUCAACACUUCUUUGUUUUUUUUUAUUGCCCUGCUUUCUUUAUCUUCGUUUUUUUUUUAACAAUUGGAUCUGCUAAUAGUAUCUCUUAUGAUUUAGAAAUACGAAUACCAUUCAUGGUGUGUCUAUUUUGAUUUAUGUACUCAACUUGCAUCUCGGUUGACACUGUGAAAGUGAAGAUCAUAAACACCAUGCAUAGCUGAAAGGCGUCUCCCUAGCGUUAAUCUAACAAGAGAAGGUGGUUUUUUAAAAUUUUGAAGUGAAGGAUGCCUGCAGCUCCUGGAAGUUUUAUGCUAUAAGCUCCUUGACUAGGAAACAGUGUCUGAUGCUCUUUUAGGAUUGUGGUGAAGUAGUAAAGACCGUUCUAUCGGGUGCUUGGGAGAUUGGGCAAAUUUGUGUUCUUAAUUAUCUCCGUGAGAAGAUUACUGUUCAUCCGUCCAAUUCAUGAAGUUGUAAUCACUGAGUGAAAUCUGCUUGAGAAAGAAAAAAUGAAAGUGGCUUUUAAGCAUGUUCUGCUGUUUUCUCUACUGUCCUUAUUGUUCUGUGGUCGUGCUAUAGCUGAGUUUGAACAAGGGAAUUCACAAAAGAUAAUAUCUGCCCCAGAUAAAGAUGGAAUAAAAGUUAUCGAUGGCUCUGGUACAGAGAGUUUGUUGCUGCAUGAGAGAAAAGGAGGGAGUAGAGUUUCAGUAGCGACUGUUGCAGUAUUUACAUUAGCCAUGGCUGCUGCCACUGGUUUAGGUGCUGUUCCAUUCUUCUUUGUGGAACUCGAUCCACAAUGGGCUGGUAUAUGCAAUGGAAUGGCUUCUGGGGUGAUGUUGUCUGCUAGCUUUGAUCUUAUUCAAGAAGGGCAGGAACAUGGUGCCGGCAAUUGGGUGGUAAUUGGGAUUUUGGCUGGUGGAAUUUUUAUUUGGCUUUGUAAGAAGUUUCUUGAACAGUAUGGUGAAGUGAGUAUGUUGGAUAUAAAAGGUGCAGAUGCAACUAAAGUUGUUCUUAUAAUUGGCAUAAUGACUCUUCAUUCAUUUGGUGAGGGCUCUGGUGUUGGUGUUUCUUUUGCUGGGUCAAAGGGUUUCUCUCAAGGUCUUUUGGUGACUUUAGCUAUCGCUGUGCAUAAUAUACCUGAGGGAUUAGCUGUAAGUAUGGUUCUUGCCUCAAGGGGUGUCUCACCACAGAAUGCCUUAUUAUGGAGUAUGAUUACAUCAUUACCGCAGCCUAUUGUAGCAGUUCCCUCUUUCAUAUGUGCUGAUGCAUUUAAUAAGUUCCUUCCGUUCUGUACGGGCUUUGCUGCUGGAUGUAUGAUAUGGAUGGUGAUCGCAGAAGUACUCCCAGAUGCAUUUAAGGAAGCCUCACCAUCACAAGUUGCAUCCGCAGCCACACUUUCUGUGGCGUUCAUGGAAGCUCUAGGCACAUUGUUCCAGAGUUUCACCCGUGAAUACAACUCUGAAGUUGUUUCUGGCUUCUUUGUUUCCUUACUUUUUGGCGUCGGACCACUACUCGGUGGUCUUGUUCUAGUUGCAUUUGCUCUUGCUUUCCAUCUUCAGCAUGCCCUUCUCAUGGGUGCUGCUUCUGGGAUUGCUUUCAUCCUCGGUGCCUGGCGACCGAUGCAGCUACUAUUUUCUUCAAAAAUGGAUUUCAUCCCUCUCGUAAUGCUUUUGAUUUUAGGAGCGGUACUCGUCCACUUCUCGAAUUCCAGUCUUCUGAAGCUUGCUGGCGGGAAAAGAGCUUCAGUGAAUGAUUUACCUGCUUCAACUAAUUUUUCAGUAAGUGUGCACACCCUUCAAUCUUUCCUAUCAUGUGGAGCAGUUGCAUUUCAUGCUUUAGCCGAAGGGCUUGCACUAGGAGUCGCUGCACCGAAGGCUUACGGAUUCGGUCGUCACAUGGUUCUUCCUGUUUCUCUACAUGGCCUCCCUCGGGGCGCAGCAGUAGCUAGUUGUGUAUUUGGGGCAACUGAUAACUGGCAUGGAUCUCUCAUCAGCGCAGCCCUCAUUGGAUUCGUUGGUCCAAUCUCUGCCAUUGGAGCCAUACUUGCAGGUAUCGACUACAGCGGGUUAGAUCACGUGAUGGUGCUGGCUUGUGGAGGGUUACUUCCGAGCUUCGGAAGUAUAAUCAAAAGAGCAAUGCAAUUGGAUACACAGAAAAGUAGCAGCGGACUUGUGCUUGGUUUGGGGUUCGCUAUCUUGUGUUUGAUGUGCACCAAGCUGGUUUGCUUGCACACGCCUUACUGCAACUCUGCACCAGAGGCAGUUAGAUGACGAGCGAGCAAGCGGGUUCGUCGUCUUUGUAAUUAUUUUGGCAGGUCGCUGCGGCAUGCUGCUGCUGCUGCUUGCAAUGGGAUACACAUUUUUGAAUUGUAGCACACACAUGAGUUUAAAGAGCAACUCAUGGCUGUGGUUUUGACUCAAAUUUGCAAGGGAAAGAGGAGAGGGAGGGAGCGGCCAAUUUCUAGAGGUGUAUGUUUAAGUUCUUCUAUACCAUAGGGGUUCUGAUUUAUCUUUUCAUACCUUAGGAAUUUUAGAUUACUUUUCUUAUAUUUUGAAUAAUUUUUUUAUAUUUUUAAAAUUUCAAUACUGUUCAACGUAGAUAUUAUUUCCUUUGGAAUU